AUGGGUUGGGAUCUCGUUGGGAUUGAAUCCGGUCAAUGCUACAGUAGUGUCAGCACCUCUACCAUCCCUUCUCCGUGUGUCUCGGCACCUCAUCUCAACAACACGUUCGUCAUCUGGACCGCUGCCUUCAAAUAUUCGCAGAUGGCACCAUUCAUGUGGCAACCCUAUUCUUACUCUGCCCUGAAACCAGUGACCUUCACAUAUUGGAGGUCAGGGGAACCAAACAUUGCCCCGACUGACUACUACCUUGGCAUCAUAUACGGGCUGAACAGUUACCAGCUGGGGUGGGGCGAUCGAUUCUGUUACGAAGAGUUCUGCACCCUCUGUGAAAUCGACCUUGACAUUUGA